AUGUACUGGGGUAGAGAUACAGCACUGCAGGGUAGUCCUCAGCCUAUGUACUGGGGUAGAGAUACAGCACUGCAGGGUAGUCUUCAGCCUAUGUACUGGGGUAGAGAUACAGCACUGCAGGGUAGUCUUCAGCCUAUGUACUGGGGUAGAGAUACAGCACUGCAGGGUAGUCUUCAGCCUAUGUACUGGGGUAGAGAUACAGCACUGCAGGGUAGUCCUCAGCCUAUGUACUGGGGUAGAGAUACAGCACUGCAGGGUAGUCCUCAGCCUAUGUACUGGGGUAGAGAUACAGCACUGCCGGGUAGUCUUCAGCCUAUGUACUGGGGUAGAGAUACAGCACUUCAGGGUAGUCUUCAGCCUAUGUACUGGGGUAGAGAUACAGCACUGCAGGGUGGUCUUCAGCCUAUGUACUGGGGUAGAGAUACAGCACUGCAGGGUAGUCUUCAGCCUAUGUACUGGGGUAGAGAUACAGCAAUGCAGGGUAGUCCUCAGCCUAUGUACUGGGGUAGAGAUACAACACUGCAGGGUAGUCUUCAGCCUAUGUACUGGGGUAGAGAUACAGUGUAG